CGCCGGGUUCGCGGCGCGCUGCCCGCAGGUUCCAUUGAGGAGAGCAGCGCAGCGGCGGCGGCGGCGGCGUCUGCGCGGGAGCCAGGGAGCCGGCAGGAGCCCGCCGCCCCUGGCGGUCCGCGCGGCCGUAACGCAGGCCCGAUCCUCCGGCCUCCGCAGCGGCGCCGGGCCGAACGCGGCGGGCUGGGGGCGCGGGCCAGGGCGGCCGCGGAGCCCGGGGGCCGGGGGCAUGAGCCGCCCCGCGGCCCCGCCGCGCCCCCGCCGCCCGCCGCCGCCCGCCAGGGGCUAGAGGCGGCCGCCGGGAGGGCGCGCGGCGCCGGAGACAUGUCCAGGAGGAAACAGAGCAACCCCCGGCAGAUCAAGCGUUCCCUCGGAGACAUGGAGGCCGGAGAAGAGGCCCAGGCCGCGGACACCAGCCUCCUGGAGCGGGAGGCCACAGCGCUGGAGCCAGAGGCCCUGGGGGAGCCUGAGCCCCUGAGCCCUUCCAGCCCAGGUGCCAGUUCUCCGCCGACACCACCACUGCCCCCCACGUCCCCAGGAGGCCCCGAGGAGACGGAGGGUCAGGAGCCAGAGGCGAGGCUGGAGGAGGCCGGCAGCCCCUGGAGCGGCCCAGAUGAGCUGGAGCUGGUGCUGCAGGACGGACAGAGAUGCGUGCGGGCCCGGCGGGGCCUCACCGAGGGCCUGUCCUGGGGCCCAUUCCGCGGGAGCAUCCAGACCGGAGCCUCAUCUCCUGGACAGGUGGAACUGAGCCCGGCCCCAACGCUGCUGCUGGAGGAUGAGGCCUGCUGGCUGAGGACGCUGCCCCGGGCCCUGACCGAGGCUGAAGCCAACGCGGAGAUCCACAGGAAGGAUGAAGCCCUGUGGUGCAGGCUCAUCAGGCCGGUGCCAGCGGGUGGACGGCUGAGUGUGCUCCUGGCAGCCGAGCCCCGAGCCGCCCCAACUCACCCUGUGAAGAAGGAGCCAGUGGAGCCCGAGAGCCCAGCCCCUGCCCACGCCGACAUCCAGCUCCUCCCGCAGCAGGCCGGCAUGGCCUCCAUCCUGGCCACAGCCGUCGUCAACAAAGACGUCUUCCCCUGCAAGGACUGCGGGAUCUGGUACCGCAGCGAGCGGAACCUGCAAGCCCACCUCCUCUACUACUGCGCCAGCCGCCAGGGUGCUGCCUCCCCAGCCACGGCCACCCCCGACGAGAAGCCCAAGGAGACCUACCCCAACGAGCGCGUGUGCCCCUUCCCCCAGUGCCGCAAAAGCUGCCCCAGUGCCAGCUCCCUGGAGAUCCACAUGCGCAGCCACAGCGGCGAGCGCCCCUUCGUGUGUCUCAUCUGCCUGUCCGCCUUCACCACCAAGGCCAACUGUGAGCGGCACCUGAAGGUGCACACGGACACACUGACCGGUGUCUGCCACAGCUGCGGCUUCAUCUCUACCACAAGGGACAUCCUCUACAGCCACCUGGUGACCAAUCACAUGGUCUGCCAGCCGGGCUCCAAGGCUGAGAUCUACUCGCCAGGGGCCGGCCACCCCGCUGCCAAGCUCCCCCCAGACAGUGUGGCUGGCUUCCAACAGCAUACGGCGCUGCAUGGCCCUCUGGCCUCUGCUGACCUGGGCCUGAUGCCCGCAAAAUCGCCAGGACUGGACAGGAAGGCCCUGGCCGAGGCCACCAAUGGAGAGACCAGAGCGGGCCCCCAGAACGGGGGCGGAAGUGAGCCCGCAGCGGCUCCCCGGAGUAUCAAGGUGGAGGCCGCAGAGGAGCUUGAGGCGGAGCCAGGACCCCCGGCCCCUUCGCGAACACCGUCACCGCCCAGCCCCGGUCCCGGUCUUGGCCCCGUGCACGUGAAGGCAGAGCUGUCCAGCCCCACUCCCGGCUCCAGCCCCGGGCCGGGUGCGCUCUUCCUGACGCAGCUGCCUGCAGCACCGCCGGCCUCCGAAAUUCUGGCUAAGAUGUCCGAGCUGGUGCACAGCCGGCUGCAGGCGGGAGCGGGUGUGGGUGCGCCGGCCGGCCUCUUCGCGGGGGCCCCCAAGGGCGCCACAUGCUUUGAAUGCGACAUCACCUUUAACAACGUCAACAACUUCUACGUACAUAAGCGCCUCUACUGCUCCGGCCGCCGCCCACCCGACGACGCACCCCCGGCCCGCAGACCCAAGGCGCCCCCCGCGCCGCCGCGCGCGGAGGCCGACGCGCCGCACUCGUCACCGGGCCCCGGGGCGCGGGAGGACGAGGCGGGGAGCACGGCCGAGGCCGAGGCCGAGGCCGACGCGGGCGGCCGGGGCAGCGAAGGCAGCCCGAGCCCAGGCAGCGGGGCGGAGGAGGACGACGACCCCCGCCGGACGCUGUGCGAGGCCUGCAACAUCCGCUUCAGCCGCCACGAGACCUACACGGUGCACAAGCGCUACUACUGCGCCUCGCGCCACGACCCGCCGCCUCGCCGGCCGGCGCCCACGGGGACCCCGGGAACCCCCGGGCCUCCCGCGCCCGCCGCGCCGCCCGUGCGCACGCGCAGGCGCCGCAAGCUCUACGAGUUGCACGCGGCCGGGCCCGCCCCGCCCCCGGCUGGCCCCGCCCCGUCCCCAGCUGGCCCUGCCCCUCCGACGCCGCCAGGCCCGGCCCCCGAGCCGCCGGCAUCGCCGGCGCCGCGGCCCGGGAGCGGGGGCGGGAGCGGCCUGGACCCGGUGGACUGCCCCAUCGACCUGAGCAAGAAGCCCCGGCGCCAGGCCCUCGCCGUCGCCGGGCCCGGGCCCGCGCCCAGCCUGCCAGCCCUGGCCGACUACCACGAGUGCACGGCCUGCCGCGUGAGCUUCCACAGCCUCGAGGCCUACCUGGCGCACAAGAAGUUCUCGUGCCCCGCCGCCCCGCGCCGCCUGCGCGCCGCCCCGGAGGAUUCGCCCGCCGUCGUCUGCCCCUAUUGCCCCCCGAACGGCGUGGUGCGCGGCGACCUCAUCGAGCACUUCCGCCUGGCGCACGGCCUGCUGCUGGGCAAGCCCCCGGCCGGCGCCGGCGCCGAGGCCCGGACGCCCUCGCCCGCCGCCCCCCGCGACGGCCUGAACGGCCAGGACCUACGGGAGGCGCCCGUCGGCAGCCCCCGGCCCGGCCCUCCCCCAGCCUCGUCCCCCGAGGCUGUGCCGGCGCCCCCCUCGCACUCGGACAAGGGCGUGCAGACCCCCAGCCAGGGGACGCCGGCCCCCGUGCCCAACGGCAACCACAGGUACUGCCGCCUGUGCAACAUCAGGUUCAGCAGCCUGUCCACCUUUAUCGCCCACAAGAAGUAUUACUGCUCCUCGCACGCGGCCGAGCACGUGAAGUGAGCGCGCCACACUACUCCAAGCAAAGGCCUCGGCAGAGGGGCUGCAGGGGGCAUCGCCCGCCUGGACCCUUGGCACUUAAUAAAGAAGUUCAGUUUGGUGGA